AUGGAGGAGGAGCUGAAGUGUCCAGUGUGUGGCUCCCUGUUUCGGGAACCCAUCAUCCUGCCCUGUUCCCACAAUGUCUGCCUGCCUUGCGCUCGCACCAUCGCAGUGCAGACACCAGACGGAGAGCAGCACCUGCCCCCGCCGCUCCUGCUUUCCCGGGGAUCCGGGCUGCCUGCAGGCGCCACCACGGCUGCCCCGACUCUGGACCCAGACGCAGCGGUGGGGCCAGCCUGCAGCGGCGCAGGCGGGGGCGCAGCGGGAGGCCUGGGCGGCGGCGCUGGAGCUGCAGGAGACCACGCAGACAAGCUUAGCCUGUACAGCGAGACAGACAGCGGCUACGGCUCCUACACACCCAGCCUCAAAUCUCCCAAUGGGGUUCGAGUGCUGCCCAUGGUGCCGGCGCCACCGGGCUCGUCGGCUGCCGCGGCCCGUGGUGCCGCCUGCUCGUCUCUGUCCUCAUCCUCAAGCUCCAUCACGUGCCCACAGUGCCACCGCAGCGCCUCUUUGGACCACCGUGGCUUGCGUGGCUUCCAACGCAACCGGCUGCUCGAGGCCAUCGUGCAGCGGUACCAGCAGGGCCGCGGGGCCGCGCCCGGGGCCUCCGCACCCGCGCCCGUGGCCAUCUGCCAGUUGUGCGAUCGCACCCCACCGGAGCCCGCAGCCACACUCUGUGAGCAAUGCGACGUGCUGUACUGUGCUGCCUGCCAGCUCAAGUGCCAUCCAUCCCGGGGGCCCUUCGCUAAGCAUCGCCUGGUGCAGCCGCCGCCGCCGCCUCCAGCUCCGUCCGAGGCCUCCGGCGCGGUCCAGGGCGCCUCUAGCGGAGGCAGCGGCUGCAGGAGCCCCGGAGGUGCGGGCGGCUCAACGGCUGGCGGCAGUACGACCGGAAAGUUCCCCACGUGUCCGGAACAUGAAAUGGAGAACUACAGUAUGUACUGCGUGAGCUGCCGAACCCCAGUAUGUUACCUAUGCUUAGAGGAGGGCCGGCAUGGCAAGCAUGAGGUGAAGCCGCUGGGGGCCAUGUGGAAGCAGCACAAGGCACAACUAUCUCAGGCCUUAAAUGGAGUUUCAGAUAAGGCAAAAGAAGCAAAGGAGUUUCUCGUUCAGCUGAAGAACAUCCUGCAGCAGAUCCAGGAAAAUGGCCUGGACUACGAAGCCUGCCUGGUGGCUCAGUGUGAUGCCCUGGUUGAUGCUUUGACCCGACAGAAAGCCAAGCUGCUCACCAAGGUGACUAAAGAAAGGGAGCACAAGAUGAAGAUGGUUUGGGACCAGAUCAAUCACUGCACACUGAAGCUGCGCCAGUCCACAGGGUUGAUGGAGUACUGUCUGGAGGUGAUCAAGGAGAAUGACCCCUCUGGAUUCCUACAGAUCUCGGAUGCUCUGAUCAAGCGUGUGCAGGUGUCUCAGGAGCAGUGGGUCAAAGGAGCCCUGGAGCCCAAAGUGUCUGCGGAGUUCGACCUGACCUUGGACAGCGAGCCACUGCUGCAGGCCAUUCACCAGCUGGACUUCAUUCAGAUGAAAUGUAGAGUGCCACCCGUCCCCCUGCUGCAGCUUGAGAAGUGCUGCACCCGCAACAACAGUGUCACCCUGGCCUGGAGGAUGCCUCCCUUCACCCACAGCCCCGUGGACGGCUACAUCCUGGAGCUAGAUGAUGGUGACGGGGGCCAGUUCCGGGAAGUGUAUGUUGGCAAGGAGACCCUGUGCACCAUUGAUGGUCUUCACUUCAACAGUACCUACAAUGCCAGGGUCAAGGCUUACAACUGCUCUGGUGUUGGGCCUUACAGCAAAACUGUUGUCCUGCAAACGUCUGACGUGGCCUGGUUCACAUUCGACCCCAACUCUGGGCAUCGGGACAUCAUUUUAUCCAAUGACAACCUGACAGCCACCUGCAGCAGCUAUGAUGACAGAGUGGUACUGGGUACAGCUGCAUUCUCCAAGGGUGUGCACUACUGGGAGCUGCACGUGGACCGGUAUGACAACCACCCCGAUCCUGCCUUUGGAGUGGCCAGGGCCAGUGUGGUCAAGGACAUGAUGCUGGGCAAAGAUGACAAAGCCUGGGCCAUGUACGUGGACAACAACCGCAGCUGGUUCAUGCACUGCAACUCUCACACUAACAGAACGGAAGGUGGUGUAUGCAAGGGAGCCACCGUUGGCGUGCUGCUGGACUUGAACAAGCACACUCUGACCUUCUUCAUCAAUGGGCAGCAGCAGGGCCCCACAGCCUUCAACCACGUGGAUGGUGUCUUUAUGCCAGCCCUCAGUCUCAACCGUAAUGUGCAGGUCACCUUGCACACAGGAUUGGAAGUACCAACCAACCUGGGACGGCCAAAGCUAUCAGGCAACUAG